GUGAGUUCUUCUCAAACCAACCGUCAAGCAUGCCAAAUCCGGCCGACUUGGUUGACGCACAAUUAGCCGUGACAGUUGAGAAGCAAAGAGUUGAAAUAAGCAACAAUCGGGGCCGUCUUGGCUGACCAAUAAAUGGCCAUAAAAGGGCGAAGCAAGCAGGGGCGCGAAAUGGAGAUUUUUUGUCUCAGAAAUUCGGGGCUCCUCUCAGUUGCUGCAGAUUCUGGGUGAAAAAUGCCAACUGUAUGUGCCCCCAGCUAUGGUUCCAUGCAUUUCUCCCCGUCUUCCUUCCUCCACCUUAGACCUGUAAGAUUCAUUCCAUUCCGUAAAUUGCCCAUCCUGAAUUCGUCUCGGGUUAGUGGGUUUUGCGCCGGAACUGGUAUUGUUGGCUCCACAUUGAAAGCUUCAAGGCCUCGGAGAAUGAUAGUGAAUUCUCAAAGCGGUUUUGCAGGCGGUAGCGAAGGCAGGUUUCUGGAAACCGAGGAUAUCCCGACAAAUGGGUUGUCGAGUGUCGGAAGGGAAAACGACUCUUCUGGCUGGGAAGCGAGGAUUAAUCAUUCGAGCAAGUGGGUGGUGCUUGGCAUCUUUUGUGCAUUUGUUAUUGCAAAGCAUGAUCCAGAAUCCUUGUGGGCAACUAUCGGUUCUGUUUCAAAUUCCAUCAUUUCCGUCUGCUUGAAACACCUACUGAAUCAUGAGCGACCCAUGUCUGCAUUAAGAACUGAUCCUGGCAUGCCAUCUUCACAUGCACAAUCCAUCCUCUAUGUAACUGUUUAUGCUUCUCUAUCAUUGGCUAACUGGCUGGGAAUUAAUGCGCUUAGCAUCGUGCUUGCAACACUGACGCUAGGAUGCGGCUGUUAUCUUUCUUGGCUCCGAGUAUCACAAGGAUUUCAUACGACCAAUCAAAUAUUGGUUGGCGCAAUUAUUGGCUCCGUCUUCAGUGCAGUAUGGUUUUGGUUAUGGCACCGCUACGUCCAAACUGCAUAUACUCAGCACCUAUGGGUUCCGCCACUUCUCAUUAUUGGGUUUGUACUGUUUUCUCUGGGGUUCGGGGCGUAUGUUUUCCGUCAUUGGGUUGUAAGACAACGCCAAAUAUCUGUGUAAUUCUACUACAGAAACUGUGUAAUAGCAUUACAGGAAAACUGAUUGAAUUUUCAUCGUAUUUGACUCCA